GGCGUGGCAGGAAGGACCAGGCUGCAGAUUUAUAACACCCUCAGAGCUCCUCGUCGGAUAAACAGAGCUAACUGAUCGCAUUUCACUGACUGAAAAUAAGACAACCUGCAGCAGGGCUGUAAAGUGGUUCACUGGUGAAAGCCAUGCAUGCGAAACAUCCCUGCCGCAUGUGAGAUAACAGUCGCUCCAACGUUCACCCAACGCUCACCAAACGUUCAUCCUAUGGAGGGCUCUCUCAUUACCGCGAUAAUUAUGGAGGACAUGAUGGAUAAUGACAGCUAUUACUAUGAGAACACCAGCGACUCGUUCAGCCUGGAUGACCUGAUGAACGGAGCGGAGUCCCCCUGCGUUCCCUGGACGCUGGGCUCCGGCAGCGUGGCGCUGGCCUGCGUCUACAGCGCCGUGUUCCUCUUCAGCCUGCUGGGGAACGGCCUGGUCAUCUCCGUGGUGUCCUGCGUGAAGGGGGGCAGGAGCUCCACCGACGUGUACCUGAUGAACCUGGCGGCGGCCGACCUGCUCUUCUCCGCCACGCUGCCCUUCUGGUGCGUGUACCUGCACUCCGGGUGGGUCUUCGGCGGCCCCCUCUGCAAGCUGCUCUCCGGCCUGCAGGAGGCGACGUUCUACGGCGGCGUCCUGCUGCUGAGCUGCAUCAGCGUGGACCGCUACCUGGCCGUGGUGAAGGCCACGCAGCCCGUCUCCCGGAGGCGGAGCCUGGUGGGGACGGUGUGCGGCGCGGUGUGGCUGGGGGCGGGGCUCCUGGCCCUGCCCGCCCUGGUCCAGCGGCAGGCCUUCCGCCCGGGCAACGGGGCGCGCACCGUGUGCCACGAGCACCUAAGCGCGGGCAGCAUGGGCGAGUGGCGCGUGGGCCUCCGCGUGCUGCACCACGCCCUGGGCUUCUUCCUCCCGCUGGCCGUCAUGGCGCUCUGCUACGGCCGGGUGGCGGCCGCGCUCUCCCGCGCCCGGAACCGGCAGAAGCGGCGGGCGGUGCGGGUGGUCCUGGCGGUGGUGCUGGCCUUCGUGGCGUGCUGGCUCCCGCGCAACGUGGUCGUCCUGGCGGACACGCUGAUGCGCGGCGGGGCGGUGGCCGAGACCUGCGCCCUCCGCCGCCGGCUGGACCUGGCCCUCCAGGCCACCGAGGUCCUGGCCUUCCUGCACUGCGCCCUCAACCCCGUCCUGUACGCCUUCAUCGGGCAGAAGUUCCGCGGCCAGCUCCUCAGGAACCUGCAGGCGCGCGGCCUCGUGGGGAAGGGCGCCCAGCCCGCCUGCAGGAGGAGCAGCUCCAACACGACCUCCUUCACGCUGUAGGGCGGCGGUGUGGGGACGGCGAUCCUGGAUCCUGGUGUCUGGUUCACCCUCCAACCCUCCAAGCUUAAUUUCUUUAACCAGGCACACCUUCCACAAUGGCAUUAUAUGAUGUGAUGUACACUACCGGUCAAAAGUUUUAGAACACCCCCAUUUUUCCAGUUUUAUUGAAAUUUAAGCAGUUCGAGUCCAGUGAAUGACCCGAAAUGGUACAAAGCUAAGUGGUAAACUGCUCACUUAAAGGUUAAAGAAAAAAAAAAGGUUACCAAAAACUGAAAAAUAAUGUACAUUUUAGAGUUAUAAAAAAGGCCUUUUUCAGGGAACGAGUAAUGGCUUAACAACUUACAGCUUCCCUGCAGCAAUGGAAGUAAAUUAAGCCAUGAAAGUUAAUUCAAACAAUUCCUACAGGUGUCCAAACCUUUGUCGAUUACUUACAAACCCUCUGGCUGUAUAAAAUCAGACUGUAUUACUACACCCUCUGAAGCAUUAUUUGGACAAUAUUGCACUGCAGGAAGUAGUAUAUUGUUAUCGUAGUGGCGAGAAAAGGGCAAUUAACAAAGGAAGACAGACAGACCAUUACAACCAUUAAAUGUGUAGAACUUUAGAGAAAUUGCAAAGGAAGCCAAGGCAUCAGUGAGUACAGGGUCCUAUACCAUCAAGGAAACUGGAGGAAACUCUGACAGAAAGAGGUUAGGCAGACCCAAAACCACAACAGAAUCAGAAGACAAGUUUCUGAGAGUAAACAGCUUGCAUGGUAGGUGGCUUACAGGACAAUAGCUUCAAGCACUUCUAGUUUGAACAAGAAGAGAAGUCUUCGAGCUGCAGGUUUGACAGGUUGAGUGGCAGUACGAAAGCCAUUGCUAAAAUGGCUAAAUAAGAAAAAGAGGCUUGCCUGGGCCAUGAAGCCCGGCAGUGGAAUACUGAAGACUGUAAGAAGGUCUUAUGAAUCAAAAUUUGAAAUCUUCGGUUCAUCAAAUCAUGGAAUGGCCAACACAGUCUCCAGACUUAAACCCCAUCGAGCUGGUUUGGGUUGAACUGGACAGAAGGGUGAAAGCAAAGCAACCUACAAGUGCAACACAUUUGUGGGAACUUCAGCAACAGUGUUGGGAAGAUCUUUCUGAACAAUAUUUGAUUUCCAUUGUUGAACGAAUGCCACGAGUGUGUUCAGCUGUUACAUCUGCAAAAGGUAGCUACUUUGAUGAGUCAAAAAAUUAGAAUAAAUUGUGUUAAACAGAACAAUUCCAUGAUUUAUCUUUUUAAUUGUUUAUUUGUUCUAUGCUUUAAUUUCAGAGACAACUGCGUAAAUUUCAAUAAAAACUGGAAAAAUGGAGGUGUUCUAAAACUUUUGACCGGUAGUGUAUAAUUUCACAUUUUGGCUGAAUUUCUUUGAUAAGAUCAUGAGCGACAUCUUGUGUCCCUACAUGCAUCGCUUUACUGUGGUGUAAUCCUUGAGUGAACUGGCAUAGUCUGCAUAGCUAAUAAAUGUGGAAAACAGACAGAGACAUAUUCUAACCCUAACCCCCGCUCAAAAUAAAUAAAUAAAUAAAAGAAGUAGCAAUCAUUAAUGCAUACUUUCACCUACCAUGUGAAGGAGAUAAUUAGUUAGAAAGAACUAUCUAACUGCAGUAGAUGAGUGCAACAAUGUUAUAGCUGAGACAUUGAUAUUGUCAGUUCAAGUAUGGAACCACACAUUUGGGGAUUAUAGUAUACCUGCUGAUUGCAUACUUGGGGAAACAGUAUGGCAACUGUACUUGCUGUGCUUUCUAACUAGAAUGCAAGUAUGCAUAACGCAACAGACAUAAUUUUUUUUUUUUUUACUGUUGUAUGUGGAACAGUCUAGGGCAGUCUUGAAAAGCAAUGCUUAAAAACCUUGUUGACUUGUUCACAGGUGGGAAUCAGUUGCAGCUGGCAGAAGCUAUGACUGUUGCACAGCUAAAUUAGAAAUGAAAUGUUCAUACCCGGCACUUGAGUGUUGUUGAUGGGUGUUGCUUAUUUUUCUUUUGUUUAUGUUAAGUUUAAGAGGAAGAGAUUUAAGAGUUUCAGGGCAUUUCUCUGCAGAUCUCUUGAGUUACUAUAUAAUUCAUAUGUGUAACACCGAUGGAGAGUUAAGCAAACCUCUUAACUCAGUGCACUGGCUUGCUGGCUAAUUAAAAAUAAAACAUUUAAACUA